AUGGAAAAGUCCAAUGCCAGCUCUGAAGACGCCUUCAUUCUUCUGGGCUUUUCUAAAUGGCCUCACCUGGAAGUGGUUCUCUUUGUGGUGAUCCUGAUAUUUUACUUGUUAACACUAACAGGAAACCUGUUCAUCAUUGUCCUGUCACGCCUGGACUCCCACCUGCACACCCCCAUGUACUUCUUCCUCUCAAAUCUCUCAGCCCUCGAUCUCUGCUAUACCACUAGCUCUGUCCCUCAGCUGCUGGUCAAUCUCUGGGGUCCAGAGAAGACCAUUUCAUAUACUGGUUGCAUGCUCCAACUCUACUUUGUCUUGGCACUGGGGACCACGGAGUGCAUUCUGUUGGUGGUGAUGUCCUAUGACCGCUAUGUAGCUGUCUGCAAACCCUUGCAUUACCCUGUCCUCAUGAAUCCUCGCUUCAGUCACCUGCUGGCUGCAGCCUCCUGGGUAAGUGGUUUUACUGACUCUGCACUUCAUUCCUUCCUUACUUUCUGGGUGCCCCUGUGUGGACAUCGACGAUUGCAUCAUUUCUUCUGUGAAGUCCCUGCACUGCUCCAAAUAUCCUGUGCUGACACUCGUGUUAAUAAGAUGAUUCUGAUGGUCACAAGCUCAAUUUUUGUUCUCAUUCCUCUCAUCCUCAUUUUCACUUCCUAUGGAGCCAUCGCUCAGGCUGUUGUGAGGAUGCAAUCCACCACAGGACUUCAGAAGGCCUUUGGGACAUGUGGAGCCCAUCUCAUGGUUGUGUGUCUGUUUUUCCUUCCAGCCAUGUGCAUUUAUCUUCAGCCUCCAACAGAAAAUUCUCAAGACCGAGGCAAGUUCAUUGCCCUCUUCUACACUGUUGUCACACCCAGCCUCAACCCUCUCAUCUACACCCUGAGGAACAAAGAUGUCAGAGGGGCAGUGAGGAGGCUGAUGGGGCGGGAGUAG